AUUUUUGCAUCGUGGCAAGCAUUAUUGUCGUUACUACCAUGAUACCUCUACAUACUGUUGCAUCCAAGAAUGAAGUAAAGUAACUCAGAGCUAUUCUUUCGUAGCAAUGGCUUAUGUUAAGCUUGCAUUGGCUGUCGUCUUUCUUGCCACAAUCUUAAUGUUCCCGAUGAAGAAGGCAGAAGCAUUGCCAGAAUGUGACAAAAAAGAGUGUAACAGAUGGAAAGAACAUUGUAGCAAAGAGUGUCUUUGUAUCGAGCUAUUUAUGGGUAUUGGUUAUUGCUAUCCCAUACCAACUGCGAUGAAGAAGUUGAAAGAACAUCCUAACUUAUGUCAAUCUCACAUGGACUGCAUCAACAAGGGAAGUGGGAGCUUCUGCAGUUAUUAUCCUAAUUCUGAAAUCCAACAUGGCUUGUGUUUUACAUCUAAGGUUGAAGCAGAACGCCGCUACUUUGAGUUCGAGGUUCUCGCCAACGCAACGGCAAAGGAUAUGCCUAUGGUGGUUGCCGCCGCUUAAUCUUCUUGAUAUGUUCAAGAAACAAAUUAUAAUCAACCAUGCAUGCAUGCAUGCAUUAUAUAUUACUAAUUUUAAUAAACGAUAUCUUUCUUUUCAACUAAUCAGUUGGCUUUUAGAUAUGGGUGUUCCACUUGGGUUGGCUUCAAUCUGAAUUUCAAUAAAUGUAGCAUGUAUGUGCAUGGGUGUAUCACUUUUUUUUUUUUUUUUUAAGAAAAAUUUUAAGGUGAGGGGUGCCCCAGUCCAAGGCAGGGAAGACCUUCGGGUUCAAAGAGCACUUACAAAGGUAAUUACAUUUACCUCCCUCCAAAGGCACGGGUGUAUCACUUCAAUAUAAAGUAAUGUUUUGAUUCUCAUUUCUCUUUUUAUAAUUCUUCUUGUGUAUAUUUAGUGGCCAAUUAAAGUAAUGUUUUAAUUCUUCUUUCUCA